AUGUGGGCGCCGAACGGCCUAUUUAUCAAGAACAUGGCAACACCAGUCCUCUUGACGCAACUGUGCCGAUUGUUUGCGCUUGUGUCAUCUGCACUUCUUUUCUCGCUUGUGAAAUGUAGUAAAUUAUUAUUUUUCACAACCCGAGUUCAAUUCAUGCUAUCAGAAACAAAAGUGGACUCGAAUUCGACGGAAUGCAAUGAAACAAGGCAGGAAAAACUGGCGCAACUGUAG